AUGCUUUCCAGGGUUUCCGCUCGUCAAUUGAAGAGCCUUGCGCUAACUAAAAGGCUAUAUGCAACUGCUAAAGCCAGCGCAAACCAAAUCUUGGUGUCCAAGCAUGUGCAGGAUGUGGACCCUGAGAUGCACGAAAUCUUGAUCAAGGAGCGUCACAGACAGAAGCACUCGGUGACUUUGAUCCCCAGUGAAAACUUCACAUCCAAAUCUGUCAUGGAUCUGCUGGGGUCGGAAAUGCAAAAUAAGUACUCCGAGGGCUAUCCCGGAGAGCGUUACUACGGUGGUAAUCAAUUUAUCGACCAAGCCGAGUCUCUCUGCCAGAGAAGAGCUCUGGAUCUUUACGGUCUAGACCCUGCCAAGUGGGGUGUCAACGUCCAGCCUUUGAGUGGAGCCCCAGCCAACUUGUACGCCUACUCCGCAAUCAUGGAUGUUAACGACCGUUUGAUGGGUUUGGAUUUGCCCCACGGAGGUCAUUUAUCCCACGGAUAUCAACUGGCUAGCGGAACCAAGAUUUCAUAUGUUUCGAAGUAUUUCCAAACAAUGCCUUACCAUGUCAACGUGCAAACAGGUCAUAUCGAUUACGACACCUUGUCGCAAACCUCGAAACUAUUCAGACCCAAGGUCAUCGUAGCUGGUACUUCUGCGUAUUCCAGAAUUAUCGACUACAAGCGCUUCAAGGAAAUUGCUGACGCUUGUGGCGCCUACUUGUUGAGCGACAUGGCCCACAUUUCAGGCUUGGUGGCUGCGGGUGUGACACCCUCUCCCUUCGAGUAUUCGGACAUCGUCACCACCACCACUCACAAGUCUUUGAGAGGUCCCCGUGGGUCCAUGAUCUUUUACAGAAAGGGUAUUCGCAAGGUUACGAAGAAGGGCAAAGAGGUGAUGUAUGACCUUGACAAGAAGAUCAAUUUCUCGGUGUUUCCUGGUCACCAAGGAGGUCCUCACAACCACACCAUCUCUGCACUAGCAGUUGCGCUAAAGCAAGCUGCGUCUCCAGAAUUCAAGGAGUACCAAGAGGCCAUUGUGAGGAACGCGAAACUAUUCGGUGAAGAAUUGACCAAGCGUGGCUUUCAAUUGGUCUCAGGUGGCACUGACAACCACUUGAUUUUGAUAGAUCUAUCAAGCAUUGGUAUUGAUGGUGCUCGUUUGGAAACAAUAUUGGAAAAGAUCAACAUUGCUGCCAACAAGAAUACAGUUCCAGGCGACAAAUCGGCCCUCUUCCCAUCUGGUCUGAGACUGGGAACUCCAGCCAUGACUACACGUGGCUUUGGUCCCGAGGAGUUCGUGAAAGUGGCCGAGUACAUCGACAAGGCCGCUAAAAUGGCCAUCGGCCUAAAGUCUCAGGAACCUGCCGGCGCCAAAGAUAGCAGAAGUCAAUUGGCCAGUUUCAAGACACUCUGCAACGAGAGUGCUGAGGUCAAAAAUUUGGCUGAAGAAGUGUCGCAAUGGGCUGGUACUUUCCCUGUGCCAGGUGAAUUGUAA